GGUUGCGGGGCCGGUGGCGGGCCUGCGGGGUUAGGCGGCGGGGUACCCGGGGCUGGGCGGCGGCGGAGGUCGUCCGGCGGUGGCGGGGUUGGAUGAACCCCGCGGCGGGGGUCCGGGGUCCGCAGCCUAACACCGGCUUUGCCCCCGGGGUUCCCCGCUCGACAACGCUGGUUACAACAAUGGGAGUUACAAUAGUGGGUUACAACGGAGGGUACGGCAAUAAUCAGCGUUACAAUCGGCAGUGGACGGGAGGCUAUCGGGACAGGGAGCAAGAGAGGGACGAUAAGGUUAAUCGGAUGUACAAUUUGCUUUCAGAGCAGAUGGAAGAACGGGAGCAGCGUAAGCAGGAGAUUGAAAACAAGAAGAGGUUGGAGGAGGAGAAGAAGAAGGAUGAGGAGGAGAAAAGAGCUCAAGCCAUUAAGGAUAGGGAACAACAUGAAGCCAGAUUAGGGAAGAUUGUGAGAACCAGCGUCAAGGCGGUCUGUGAAUCAGCCUUGGGAAGGAAAGUGGAUAUCCCCGAAGAUGACGAGGACGAGGUCUCCAAGUUACGGCGUGAGCUAGGUGAACUGAGAUCCAAGAACCAGGGAGAAACCAGCGAACAACGCUUGGAGGCUCUUUGUAAAGAGAAGGAUGCGUUGCUUAAGAUGAAAGAGCAAGAGGGAGAGGAAGAAAGGCUGCAGAGGGAGAUAGUCGAGCUGAGAAGCAAGAACGAGUCAGUCAAGUUUGCUUCAGGCAAACAGGACGAGUUUUUGGCCCUGCAAAUGCAGGUCAAGGAGUUGGGAGCGUUCCGUGAUACUCUUGAGGAGAAGAACGCCGAAGUGUCUGCGCUCCGCUCAGAGAACAAGCACCUAAAGAAGGACGCUGUUACGGAGAAGAACCCACCUCUGGAGCCUGCACAUGGGAAUGCGCCAUCUAGCAGUGCGAUGUACACUCCUAAGGACCUUGAAGCAUUGCAUAAAGCCUACAAGGCGGCUUUGGCGGACAAGGAGAUGGCUCUCAGGGAAGCUGAGUUCCUCAAGGAGCGAAUGGCGAGCAUGGGGGCAGCUCGUGUCCGUCUCUCGACGCGAAAUACUGCGAUCCGAAAAACUACUCCUCGAAACCUAAAGACCUCUUUCAAAGCUAUGGAGGUGGAAUCAGACGACGAGAUGGAAGGGAAGGGUAAAGAGCAGACGAAUGAGAAGGAUGGCGAUAUUGGGAAAGACUCUCAUGACCAGGAGGUCGCCAAGAUGGCGGGAUUCCGAAACGCUCGGUUCAAGGAGGUCCGCCAGCUGAAGAAGGCUAUGGAGGCCAUUUGUACGGAUGAAGGGAUCACGUACAUCAAACUAGAGCAGUCUAAGGCUGACGUGGCAGAAAUCAGGGCCAGCCGCGACUAUUCGGCCUGGCUGAAAGAUAGGGAGCAUCGGGAAGAGGAGGAACACAAUCAACAGUAUGCCACGUCCAAUGAGGAAGUUGACGAGGAAUGAGGACACUCCCUGAAGGUGUCUCACAUAUGGGAGCUGGCUCUAUUUUGUCGUGAUUUUCAUGAAGUUUUGCCUUC